UUUUCUCGCUCAGCGGCUGCGGGGACGCGCAGUGGAUCCCACACUCGCUGGAGAGGAAAAAGGCGCCGUCGGAUUGCAACAUCGACUCCCCGGGAAAAAUGUUCCCUCCACCGCCCUUCAUCAGCGCCGUCCAGACCCGCAAAAGUCAUGUGAAAGGAGCCACGACCACUGAGGACUCGAGUUUUUUCGACCAUUAAACUUGUUUCAGAGGAUUGUAAACUCCGAGGGUGAUUUAUAAGACACGGGAAUUGAAGUUAUCAUUGGACAGGUGCAGAAAAUGGCAAGAAGGCUCCUGCAGCUCCUCGCCCUGUGGACUACUGUGACUGGCAUUGUUCAGUGCUGUCCGGAGCUCUGCAGCUGCCAGGAUAAAUUUGCCCACCAGUUUGCAGACUGUGCUUACAAGGACCUGCUGGUGGUACCUGUGGGUCUCCCCUCCAACGUUACCACCGUGAGCCUUUCAGCCAACAAGAUCAAACUGCUCAAGAGCAAAAGCUUCGUCAAUAUCACUCAGGUCACCUCUCUCUGGCUGGCCCACAAUGAGAUUGUUACCAUAGAGACGGACACCUUGGCCCCCCUGAUUCAGCUCCGCAACCUGGACAUCAGUUACAACAAAAUAGUGAACUUUCCAUGGGAGGAUCUGCACAACCUCACCGCCCUGCAGCUUCUAAAAAUGAACAACAAUGAGAUGGUGAACCUUCCAAAGGAUGCCUUCUCCACGCUCAAAGACCUGAGGUCGCUGCGCAUUAACAACAACAAGUUCACCACCAUUGUGCAGGGGACCUUCAGCGCUCUCUCCUCGAUGUCCCAUCUUCAGAUUUUUAACAACCCCUUCACAUGCUCCUGCAGCCUGGAGUGGCUGAGGGACUGGAUUGCAACAACUAAGAUUUCUGUGCCUGAGCCAAAUUCAAUUGUAUGUGAGGCCCCUGAACACCUGAAAGGUACGAUGGUUACAAAGAUUCCUAAACUGGACUGUAGGGCCCCUACUGUCACUAUAACCUACCAGCCUGACCUUGAGAACACAGAGGUCUAUGAAGGUUUCAUGGUCAUUUUAAAUUGUGAGACAAAAGGGAGCCCCAAUCCACAAGUCAGCUGGGAGGUGAUUGCAGGAAAUCAAAAUUAUCUGUUUCCCCUGCCAUCCACUGUGGAGAUAAAUGAUGCACCAAUUAAUGAUAAAACAACCAACGAUCGAUUCAAAGUCUUUAGUAACGGCACACUUAUCAUCUCGCAUUUGACUAAAAGGGAGGAUGGAAAUUACAGCUGCUCUGCUGUGAAUGAUUUGGGCAAAGCAGAGAGGAGUAUUAGAGUGGCUAUGGCAGGCGCCCAAAAACAUGUCGGCAAAACGGUCGACAAAAUCCAUCCGUCUGACAAAAAGCCUUCAGAGACCAAUCCCUCCAAAAACAACGUGAUCAACUGGACCAAGUCUGAAGAUAAGACAAAGACCCCAGAAGCUCCAUCAAUCAAAAUCGACAGCACGGAGCAGGCUGGCGGUGUUUCGAAGGAGCAAACCUUAAACAAGUGCGGCGUGAGGGAAAGCAGCGAAUACAUCUCCAACCAUGCCUUCAACAUGAGCUUGGAUGACCUGAAGCAGUACACUUUUGAUUUUGGUGUUAUUGCGUUAGAGGUGUCAGAGACGGAGGCCAAAGUGCAGCUGAAUCCACUGCAGCUUCCCAGCAGCAAAUCUAACCUUCAUCUCAGUCAACCUGAAAACCAGGAAACAGUGAAUAAAGAGCCUGUGGGUUUGUACCAGUCGUCAUCUGGUAAAGCCACCCUGGACAUGCUCUACCUCUGUGUAAAUACAGGAAAUGGACACUCCAUGGUUCAGUGGUCCAAUAUAGAGGAGGGGGUUAAUGCCUACCGUUUCCAUGGUUUACAGCCUGGCACCAAUUACACACUUUGUCUCACCUAUGGGGGGCAAGACUGCCAAGUCCAAGUAGUCUUCACAACUAGGAAGAAGAUCCCCUCCCUGCUCAUCAUCGUUGUUGUCAGCAUUUUCCUGCUGGGUCUGGCCACUGUUCCCUUACUGGGGGCCACCUGCUGCCAUUUGCUAUACAAGUACCAAGGGAAGACCUACAAGCUGAUCAUGAAGGCUCAGAAUCCGGAUCAGAUGGAGAAACAAAUGAACGGAGAUUUCGACCCCAGGGCGUCUUUCGUGGAGUCCGAGAAAACCUUCAACCCCAGCGAGUUAGGAGAGGGGGAGGGAGAGGCCGAGGGAGAGGAGGGAGACGGGGAGGGAGAAGCCGAGGGGAGCGUGGUGACCGAGUCCAUUCCCGGAUCCUCAUCCAAAACCAACCAGGAGGAGUUCGAAAUGGGCUCGGAGUAUAGUGACAGGUUACCGCUGGGAGCAGAGGCAGUCAACAUCUCGGAGGAGAUCAACGGUAACUACAAGCAGCCAAGCCGCUGAGCCCUGCUGACGAUACGAGUAUAAUGUAAAAUAUUUUACUUUUACGUAGCCUACAUUCAAGCGGGUAACUCACCCACCAUUACCACACGUGAAAAACGACAGCGCCUGAUUAAAAAAAAGGUGGAUCUUUAAAUUUUUUUUCUUUUCUUUUCUUUCUUUUUUUUUUUUUUUUUUUUUUUUUUUACCUCAGAAAGUACUCCGCCAAUCACCGAGAUUGUGAAUUGAUUCAUGUGACAUUUGUAAUCUACUGUAAGGUUAAAAUAAGUGACAUACGUUUACAAUGCAAGCACAGAUCUCUAGCUUAUCAGACCUCAACACUGACAUGAAAGCGACGAAGUGUUGUUCCCUUCUUGUACCGGACAGACACAGAUGGGCAUCGGCGCAAACGGUGGCGUGCAGAGAGUUCUGCGUAAUUUAGGGCAAAAAAAAAAAAAUGAAUGCAGAAAAAUAUAAUCACCGUUUGAGAGCACAAAAAACAACACAGCAAAAAAGUGCCAUAUAUUUCAAAGCCAUUUUAAAUAAAGUAACAUCAGGGAAAAAAAAACAAAAAAACAUUUGCUCUUCCUUCCUUCUCUCUCUCUCUCACACACACACUCACAGGCCAAUUGUCCUCUCAGGUGUCGGCACUCCGGCUCCACUCAACGCGUCCACGGAAACUGUAGCAGCAGAUUUGGAUGAUGAUGAUGAUGAUAUUUGAUAUUUAAAUGACAUUAGACGCAGAUAUUCGCCUUCUGCGUUACUGCGCCUGACAUGACCGCACACAGCAGCGCCAUGCCCGCUGUCCUGUGAGUCCAAAAAGGGGGGAAAUUUCACUUCCAGCUAUGUUGUGCUUGACGGAAUAUCCCAGGUUAUUUACCAACUAAAAAAAUGUUGUUCCACGUGACGUAUAAGGCUUUAAAAAAUGUGCGAUUUUAACCUCUUAAUCAACGGGUGCUUGCUUGUAUACUUCUCGCUUUUUACAAAGAACGUGUCCAUGGCAUGUCACACGUAUUUCCUUGUGUGGUUUUUAUUAGUGUAGUCUAGAGGACUUUAGAUGUUACUGUCAACUUGUGAUGUAAAAGCCAUGUGAGUUGAAAUAAUUCUUUUUUUUUACGACGGUAAGUUUUAAACGAAGCCAUGACAAAGAAGGCGUCUGACGGCUUCACUGUCUUGUAAUUUGAUGCAUAGUGAGUUUUUGUGAACUAUGUUGUAAAACAAGAAACACCCCCACCCCGUGACCCUUCGAGAUUUUUUGAUAUAAUUUUAUGUAAGUGGAAUUAAUAAAACAUAUGAAACUAUA